GUGAGCCUAGUUACUCUGUGGAAACGUGUAGUGCUGUUUCCGUAGACCUCAAACAGACCAGCUUUACCAGGACACUGAAUAACGCUGUUAACUGUUCUACAGCAUAUAACUCUCUCUUUUACUUUAUUAAUGCAUGUGUACACCUGAACAGCCAGGUUGUCGUUUAUAUCCCUGUCUCAUGUAAUGUGAAAAUAGUCUUAACUGAACUAAAAGCUGAAGUUAAAUCUCUAAUAUAUAAUAUACGGACAGCAGAACAGGGUUUGUUUUUUGCUGUUGGUGCCCCGGGCUUAGCAGGGGUCUGUCAGCUCAUAUUACCACCACAUGCUGCUUUAGCAAGUGGCCUGUCACACUUCAGUCUAUGUCUUCUGAUGGGAAACUUAACAAAUGUCUGUUUUAACAUGUGUGUUUUGAUAAUAACCCUGGUGUCUCGUUAACACUAGUUCCUAUUUAUGUCUUUCAUACGUCUCCUAACUGUCCUGCCGCUCUUGAGUUUCUUGAUCAUAAGCUGAAAUCUUCACAGAAGGACAAAGUACGACAGUUCAUGUCCUUCACACAAGCAGGGGAGAAGACAGCUGUGUACUGUCUCACUCAGAAUGACUGGAAACUAGAGGUGGCCACUGACAACUACUUCCAAAACCCGGAUCUGUACUUCAAGGAAUCCAUGAAAACCUCAGUAGACCGGAAGAAGCUGGAGCAACUCUACAACAGAUACAAAGAUCCUCAGGAUGAGAAUAAGAUCGGGAUUGACGGAAUCCAACAGUUUUGCGAUGACCUCAACCUGGAUCCGGCCAGCAUAAGCGUUCUGGUAGUAGCAUGGAAGUUCCGGGCAGCAACGCAAUGCGAAUUCAGCAAAAAGGAGUUCCUUGAUGGCAUGACAGAACUAGGAUGUGACAGUCCAGAGAAACUCCGCACUCUGCUUCCCCGAUUGGAACAGGAACUGAAAGACAGUGGAAAGUUUAAGGACUUCUACCAGUUUACAUUUAAUUUUGCAAAGAAUCCUGGGCAAAAAGGUUUAGAUUUGGAGAUGGCAGUCGCUUACUGGAACCUAGUUCUGACAGGCCGUUUCAAAUUUCUUGACCUCUGGAAUAAAUUUUUAUUGGAACACCAUAAGCGAUCUAUUCCCAGGGAUACCUGGAACUUGCUUCUGGAUUUUGGCAACAUGAUUGCAGAUGACAUGUCAAACUAUGAUGAGGAAGGAGCAUGGCCAGUCCUAAUAGAUGACUUUGUGGAAUUUGCUCGGCCGAUCGUGACUGGAUCAAAGCGCAAAAGUGUAUAAAUCUGUUGAUGGUGGCAGUUUGACACAAUGGGCCUGUGCUGCCUCACUGACUUCAGCUUUUUUUAAAUAUAAAAAAAGACUUGUAUGAAACACAUACAAAAAGGAAAACAUGGAGAAACACUUGAAACUGGCAGGCUUGAUGAAGAGAAAUGGGGAUAGAAGGGACUCAAACCUUCAAGCAAUACAAAGAAGAAAAAAAGCAGGUGAAGGUGGGAUACUCAAGAUUUCUUUUAGAGCUGUCACGUGCACAAUGUCAGCUGCUGCUGCUGGCAAACUAAUCCUGUCCAGAGACCCUGAGAGAUUCUGGAGGAUCUCUGCAAAUCCAGUACCUCAUCCUCAUUGCAGACAAUUAUACAUUUGCACACCUCCCCAUUCACAUACACAAA